AGAAAAUUCCAGCGACGCACGUUUUAAAGUGCAGAGAUGGCUUCCCAAAAUCUUCAGUUCCAUGAAAUGGGCUUAGAUGAUCGUCUAUUAAAGGCAAUUGCAGAGUUGGGUUGGGCGCAACCAACCCUUAUCCAAGAGAAAGCCAUCCCUUUGGCUCUGGAAGGGAAAGAUCUCUUGGCUCGGGCCAGAACUGGAUCUGGGAAAACAGCGGCGUAUGCUGUGCCUGUAAUACAGCACAUCUUGGACUCCAAACAGAGUGUUCGUGAGCAGGCUGUGCGAGCACUGAUCUUAGUGCCAACCAAGGAGCUUGGUCAACAGGUGCAGUCUAUGAUGCGUCAGUUAACUGCAUACUGCACAAGAGAUGUCAGAGUGGCAGACAUCUCUGAAAAGGCAGACCUAUCAAUCCAGAGACCUGUUUUAAUGGAGAAGCCAGAUGUAGUUGUUGGGACUCCUUCUCGUGUGCUGGCCCAUCUGAAUGCUCAGAACUUGGUUCUGCACUCAUCCCUCGAGACUCUGGUGGUAGAUGAAGCUGACCUGCUCUUCUCGUUUGGCUUCGAGGCAGACCUCAAAAACUUAUUGUGUCAUUUGCCGAAGAUCCACCAGUCAUUCCUGAUGUCAGCUACGCUCUCUGAAGAUGUUCAGGCCCUAAAGGAGUUGCUGCUACACAACCCUGUGAUCCUGAAGCUCCAGGGCUCCCAGCUACCAGAGAGCAGUCAGCUUCAGCAGCACAGUAUUAAAUGUGAAGAAGAGGACAAGUUCUUGCUCAUCUACACAUUGCUGAAGCUGCGCCUGGUUCAGGGCAAGACGUUGGUUUUUGUCGAGGCAGUCGAUAAGUGCUACAGACUCAAACUCUUCCUGGAACAGUUUGCCAUCCCAGCCUGUGUUCUCAACUCAGAGUUGCCUGUUAGGUCCAGGUGCCACAUCAUCACGCAGUUUAACCAAGGAUUCUAUGAUUACAUCAUUGCCACAGAUGAACAAGGACUGGCUGAUCCCACAGCUGCAACACAGACUGCUGUGGGGAAGGGAAAGAAGAAAAAAGGCCAAACUAAAGGGGGGAGGGCCAAGGAGUAUGGAGUCUCCCGAGGUGUAGACUUCACAAAUGUGUCCAAUGUCAUUAACUUUGACUUCCCCACAUCUGUACAAUCCUACAUACAUCGAGUUGGAAGAACUGCACGUGCAGACAACCAAGGCACGGCUCUUUCCUUCAUCUCUCAUGCAGAACUCCAUUUGCUUUCAGAAGUGGAGGAUGCCCUCACAGGAGAUAAUAGUGAUUGUGUGGUGAAGCCAUAUGAGUUUAAGAUGGAAGAGAUUGAAGGCUUCAGGUACAGAUGCCGGGAUGCCAUGCGCUCUGUGACAAAGCAGGCAGUACAGGAGGCCAGACUGAAAGAGAUCAAGGAGGAGUUGCUAAAUUCAGAAAAACUAAAGACAUAUUUUGAGGAUAACCCCAGAGAUCUGCAGCUGCUGAGGCAUGACAAAGAUUUGCACCCUGCUGUCGUCAAACCUCACCUAAAGAACGUGCCAGGAUAUCUCAUUCCUGAUGCCCUGAGAGGGGUGGCCAACCCUCUAAUAGGCAGGAGAAAGAAGAGAGGGAAAACCACACGAGACGAUGAUGUGAAGACCAAUUUCAGGAAAAAACCCCAAGGCAAAAAUCCACUGAAGACUUUCCGUUACACAGGAGGGAAAAGCGGCGGAAGGAAGAAUAAAUAGCCAGCCCUAAAAACUGAUGGCGCCAUAAUAUUUCACAUUAGUCAUGUUACUCCAUACCGGAAUGAGUAGUGACACUCCGCCGGGAGGAAUUGUGGACUCAGGUGUUGGUCAAGCCCACACAACUAUGAAACAUAUGGACUUGGGACUAUAAAGACUUUCUGAGGUUAUACUGACCCUUGACACACAUGCAUCUGGAGGUUCUAUAAACUCUACAUGUUGCAAAAUUUAAGUAACAUUUUUCUGUUAUUUAGAGAUUGUCAAGCUGCACUUGGAUUUACUAUCUUAAUGAUGAUGAAGCCAGGUGGACAGUAUGAAAAGAAGUGAUUAUUUUUUCCAUUUGAAAUGCCCCAAAAAUGUAAAACAUUCAAAAUGUUUGGUUAACAAUUGUCGUCAUAGACAGUCAUUGGGUCCCCUUUGUAGUUUAUCUGGUGGAUAUGGUUAAUAAAAUGGUAUGUAAACAAACCUAUUCAUUACAAGGGAAUAAAGAAGGACUCUACAGGUGAACCACUUGAGCAUUUUAGCAACUCCUAAAAAUAUAUUAACCAUAAAUUUGAA